AUGGCUCUCUUGGAUAGGAAUCUAAAGGGAAAAGACGUGGAUCAGCUUCCGUUGAUCGAAAAAUCCGAGAAAGUUGUUGUAGAUCUUGAUGAAGAAGACGAAGAAAGCGAAGAGGUUUUCGUUCAUCAUGGAAUCACGCUGUGGGUCUCUGAUGCUGUGAUCAUGGUAAUUCAACACAUACAGAUCUUUGCGCUUAUCCUAGCCAUGGGCGAACGCUGGGGUUUGCCGAGAGACUUUGUGAGAUAUGCUUCGUUCACGUUCCUUUUCAAUCUAGACGUUUGGGAGUUUGUAAAAGUGAUGGUCUCUGGAGCUUACAUGGGGCCCAUAAACCUUGACACGUUCAUCGCUUCUGAUGACAUCGGCAUUGAUUACAGCUUAUACCUGAUUUUGUGGACAGUUUGCAUCGCUGUUAUCGGCUGUGGAUUUUUGAUAACUUAUGCCGUUUUCCUCUACAGAAAACCGUUGUACUUGCUACUUCACGUGGCGAGAAUGAAGCGGAUUUUUAGUAUUUUUAUCCAGCUAGUCUGUCUUCCAGUUGGCACGGCCUAUGCAAGGGUCUUCCACUGCCGAAGUGACGCUGUAUGGAACGUGCAAAAUAAUUUGAAGUGCUUUACCAACCUUGAACACUGGAUUUUUGUUGGAAUUGCUCUAGUUGUUGGAAUUCUCCUGUUUUUGGCGUAUCCCAUUAAUAUGAUCAGAAAGAUUCGAGGUCAGGUGAUUUGUUACAGUCAAGAAAAACAUGAGGGCUAUUUACAGCUCAAAGAAGCUGAAUACAAUCAAGGUCUUGACAUUCUAUGGGCAGUGGGGCAGUUCCAUCUGUUUUCAUCAUACCGCCGACUCUGGAUUUAUUACCGCCCAAUCAUGAUGGUACUGCAUUUCUGCCUGGUGUCUUACUUUGCAACCCUUCUUCACUUUAGUGAGAACAAUCCAGUGCGACUCAGCCUGACGCAGAAACUCCUCAUCAAUGUACCAAUCUUAUCAUUCUUUUUCCUGGUCUUGUUCAUGUUAUUUUCAUCAGGCCUGGCCCGUCCACCUAUUAAGGCCUUCAAGUCAUUUUCAAGGUGGUGUUGCUGGAAGGGUAUCUCACGCUUGCUACACAUUGUCUUCAAUAUCACUCCAACGUGGGUAAUUGCAAAAGUCUUCCUGGUUUUACUGGUCAUUGGUGUGUGUUUCAUUGAUCAUUUGGGUGGUGGAAUUGGAGCGUUACUCUCUCUGCUUUGUUUAAUAAUGGUCAAAAGUCCCCCAUUCCGGGUCACAAGCUUCAAUUUUAUGAUUUUGUUUUGCUUGAUUGUCAAUAUUGGCAAUGCUUAUUUGGUCACGUUAGUUGAGAUGUUUAACACAAAUGUGUUGCAGAAUGCUAUAUAUGCUCCACCAAUUCCAGAAACCAUUCUAACCUGGGUCAAUGUAUCUUGGGCCAUUGGUGUAUUCCUUUGGUUUCUCUAUCUCAUGGGGCGACACUCUGGUUUUCUGUUCCCAAAGCGACCACUUUGGCCAACUCUAACAACUGACGGAAAAAGCAAUAUCAGUGAAGAAACCAGAAAAUACAUGCGAGCUGUCCUAAAAGGUCGUCACACCUUGGAGAAAGCGCUGUCAAGUCCUCCAAUCUUUGCUCCAGUUCAUGAACUGGAAAGGCAAAUACAUAUCAUUAAUGCUUACUGCCGAGAAGCAGAAUACCUUGAUGAUCCAACAUUUGAUUCUCUAUGGGAUCUUCUUGAUGAACUCAUCGAAGCCCACAGAACUUUGGCACCACAUUCGCUGUUUACACUAUCUGUGAAGAAGUCAGUCCGACAAACAGCCAAGGAGUUCAUGACACUUAUGCCCCAGAUGAGAAAGAGGCUUGAUCAGCGUGAAUGUGACUUCAUCCUGGUAGACCCAAUGAAGAAGCGCAUGCUUUUGAAAAUGUAUGUCUUAGGAACAUUCGUGAAUGGACGCAUGGACAAGGUGAAGAAAGAUGUAGAAAAGAAAGUUUAUACGGCACUCAAAGAGGCUGAAGAGAAUCUCAAAACUCCCUCAAGCCUCUAUGGCAGCUCAAUCAGGUUUGAUUGGGACAGUAUGGUUGACAUGGCUGGGCCUCACCCUUCAUUUGAUAUGAUGAAAACCACAUCAAGUUCAGGGAGUCGACCUGGGACAGGGGUGUCAAUAGGAUCACGGCCAGACAGUGUAGAGAAACUUCUGGAUGAAGUGGAGGACUGGGAAGAGGGACAACGGACUACCCGAAGGAAAAAGAUAUCUGUUACUUCCAUGCCGCUGAUAAAGGAAGGGCCAUCGCCUGAAGGUAAAGAAUACUGCCUCUCGAACAGUCAGCUCAAUAUUUGUUAUUGUAAGGUUCAAGCUGUCAAAAAGAUCAACUGUGCUAUAGACCUUUUUAGCUUUAGCUUGUAAGUUUUAUUUUCCCAAUCCAGACCACUUGUCAUCCUCAAUUUCUAAAUAGAAAUCACCUCUGGAGCUAAUCAUUUGCUAGCAGACAAAAAAUAACGUUUUUCUGAUUUUGUUAAUUUUCUUUUUUUUUUUUAGCUUCAGAUGGUUCAUCUACCUCCAUCCCUGGCCAGGUGAAUUUUGAAGAUAAUAGCAGACGGCCUAGAAGUGCAGGAGGCUCGAGCUUACGUCAUCAGAGAGCUGCAGAUGGAUAUGACAGCUCAACAGCAUUAAUUGGGGACAGUUCUGCAACUGAACAACAUAGCACUUCAGGGUCACAAUCUUCUCUAAGAAGUACUGAUGAUCGCAAGCCUUUGUUAUAG